CACGCACGCACACUCACACAAGCGAGCUCGCAUGGCGCGGCGACUGCUGCUGCUGCUUUCUCGGUGCUACCGGCUUUAGUCGACGCCGUACGCUACGCCUUUGAAGAUCUCUCGUGUUUUCCGUUCUCGUUUUGCCGGAAGUCGAUAAAGGAUAAUAAAUAAAUAAAUAAUUAAGCAAAGAUGUCCGAUCCAGUGAGCCCGUCCCUCAAGAACCUUCCUAAGGUUGCCGUGGACCUCAAGAGCGAACUCGAAGGUUUCGAUCACAACUGCAUGAAGAAAGCCGAGACUUCUGAGAAAAACGUUCUGCCGUCUGCUGAAGGUACGCUUGAAUUUUUUACUUUCAUUUUCGAUGUUGACGCGAAGAAGACUAAUAUUGUGAAUUUGUGUGCGUUCGUAGAUGUAGCAGCUGAGAAAUAUCAGCAGACUUUAAUCGCUGGUAUCGAGCAUUUCGACACCUCGAGGCUGAAGCACACGCAGACUCAGGAAAAAAAUCCACUUCCUGACAAGGAUGCUAUUCAACAAGAGAAGGGCAAACAACAGCUAAUCUCUGGAAUUGAAAAUUUCAAUCCUGCCAAGCUGAAACACGCGGAAACGCUCGAGAAGAAUCCUUUGCCAACCAAAGAAACUAUUGACGCAGAGAAAACAUCUGCGUAAAAGCAGGAAACUCUUCGGCGAAGAGAAGACUCGUGAUGCAGUGAAACUGCAAUUUUUUUCAUAUUCUUAUAUAUUAAUUUUACAAUUACCAAUAUCAUAUGGAGAAAAAACGUCGAUGCUGUCGACACAACAUGAAAUCGUAUUAAUGUAAUCUCAUGUAAUCUCUAUCGCUCGCAUAUCGUGUGCUUUUCUUUUUUUGAUCGUAAUGGGGAAAAAAAAUAAAAACGAAAAAAAACCAAAAAAAGAAUUGAAUAGAAAAGAAACCACCCUAGGAAAGGUGAGAAACGCCGCUCGAUUGUGUCGCUUGAUAAUUAAUGACUGUUCCAAAGGCGUUUUCAAAGCCAUACCGUCGUAUGCGUUCACCUGUCACUAAAAUUAUGAGCUCUCAUUUUUCCAUUUUCAAUAAACAACACAAUAAAUAAAAAAAAAUGGCCUCAACUAUUCCAUUUGUACGUUUUUAUGAUACCGGGAAAAAAGAAAAUGUGACAAGUUAUUGUAUGCGUGAUGUGCUCAACACAAGAAAAAAAGGCAAACGUGAUUUCAGUUUCAUAGAUGCGAAAAACUUUAUUUUUCACGGCAGCGGCCAAACAUUUCGUAUCCUUAUAUAUUUACGCUUUAGCAUGCGAUUACAUAAUAAUUCAAAAAAGGUGCAGCGGUAUAAAUAUUUGUGUAAAAAAUAUUUUAUAUAUCAGGCUAUUGUACUUUUUUAAUGUUCACUUUGCAUUCUUCAUAAAAUAAUUAUGAUGAAAUAAACAUUAAUUUGUACGAACACUAUUCCAUAUUAUGUCCUAUCAUAAUUCCUAAUGUUACUAAUUUGAAUGUGUUAUUAAUAAUUUAUUUGCAUAAAUUGCUAUUACUCUUGAUCGCUUAAUGUAUUUAAAUAAUUGCAUUUCAGUAGUGUGUUUAAAAAUUUAUAAUGUUACAGGUCAAC